GAGGCCUUACAGUGAGUGGAAGUGGCUCCAUGACCGUCAGAGCUGCAGCUCUGCAAACAGCACCGGUGGACUCCACAGCAGCGCGCUGGCAGCACUGCAGUCGCCUUUUAUUAAAAAUACCGAUCCAAAGGGAGGUUUAUCACCUAAAAAAAACAGAGAUCGGCCGGUUAUUUUCUAAACAUCGGUCCACCUUCCCCUGAAGAUGAAGCUGAACGCGAUCAGCUGUCAGGUGCGCGUCGCAUCCGAUGGAGCCCUGCUUUCCGACGCGCUCAUCGACCAACCUAAUUCAGCACUUCCUUUUGUUGCGCUCCCAGUUGACCAAUACUGAUAUGGACUAUGAGAGGCCAAACGUUGAAACUAUCAAGUGUGUGGUGGUGGGAGACAAUGCGGUUGGAAAGACCCGCCUUAUCUGCGCCCGUGCCUGCAAUGCCACACUCACCCAAUACCAGCUGCUCGCUACACAUGUGCCCACAGUCUGGGCAAUUGAUCAGUACAGAGUAUGCCAAGAGGUGUUGGAGCGCUCCAGAGAUGUAGUGGAUGAUGUAAGCGUUUCCCUCCGCUUAUGGGAUACUUUUGGAGAUCAUCAUAAAGAUCGGCGUUUUGCAUACGGCAGGUCCGACGUAGUGGUACUGUGCUUCUCUAUCGCCAAUCCCAACUCUCUGUACCAUGUAAAGACCAUGUGGUACCCUGAAAUCAAGCACUUCUGUCCCCGGGCUCCUGUCAUCUUGGUAGGCUGUCAGUUGGAUCUACGCUAUGCAGACCUAGAGGCAGUUAACCGGGCCCGGAGGCCUCUAGCAAGACCUAUAAAAUCCAAUGAGAUUCUUCCACCAGAGAGAGGCCGGGAGUUGGCCAAAGAGUUGGGUGUCCCAUAUUACGAAACCAGUGUUGUUGCUCAGUUUGGUGUCAAGGACGUCUUUGACAAUGCCAUCCGAGCUGCUCUCAUUUCUCGCCGCCAUCUGCAGUUUUGGAAAUCUCACCUUAGAAAUGUCCAGCGGCCUCUGCUCCAAGCGCCCUUCCUGCCUCCGAAACCUCCCCCUCCUAUCAUCACUGUGCCACCUCCCCCGUCCACCACAGAAGAGCACCCAGCUGGUCUGCUGGAGGACCCACACUGUGCUGAUGUUAUCCUGGUCCUACAGGAACGACAGAAAAUCUUUGCACACAAAAUAUACUUGGCCACAUCCUCCUCAAAGUUUUAUGACCUGUUUAGUAUGGACACCCAAAAUGAGGAGGCGGAAAGGCCUCAUCGUGGCCCUCUCUCUGGCAGAGAGCUGCUGAUGCGUGCUGCUAGCUUUGAUGUUUGCGAGAACAACGAUGACGGAGACAGGGCAAACUUGAGAGCGUGCACCAGCGAUGGGACCUUGAAGGAUUCUGAGGGGGCACGGCGGGGCAGGCUGCUCUCCUCGUGGAGUCGAGCCUUUGUCAGCAUUCAGGAGGAGUUGGUGGACGACCCUGUGACGUACUCCCCCAGAUUCAUGACCGUAGUGCACAUGGACCAGUCAAUCCAGCUAGGCUCUUUUCGAGCAGUGCUUCGCUACCUGUACACUGGUCAGCUGGAUGAGAAUGAGAAAGAACUCAUGCAGAUUGCACACAUUGCUGAGAUGCUGGAGGUUUUUGAUCUGCGGAUGAUGGUGGCAAACAUACUCAAUAACGAAGCCUUUAUGAACCAGGAAAUCACCAAAGCCUUCCACGUACGCCGCACAAACAGAGUAAAAGAGUGCUUGGCUAAAGGCACCUUUUCUGAUGUGGUAUUCAAACUGGAUGAUGGGACGAUCAUGGCCCACAAGCCUUUGCUCAUCUCUAGUUGUGACUGGAUGGCAGCUAUGUUUGGUGGACCUUUUGUCGAGAGCUGCACCAAAGAGGUGCUGCUUCCCAACACAACGCGUAGUUGCAUGAGGGCUGUGCUAGAGUAUCUCUACAUGGGCAGGUUUUGUUCUCGGUCUGACUUGGAUGCAAUGGAGCUCAUCGUUCUUGCCAAUCGACUUUGUCUUCCUCACCUGGUUGCUCUUACAGAGCUCUACACGGUGACAGUGUUGACGGAGUCGGCAAUGAUGGGGACGGAUAUUGAUGGCGAUGUGCUGAUAUACUUGGAUCUGGCCCAGUUCCAUGGUGCCCAGCAGCUGACUGGCUGGUGUCUACACCACAUCUGCACCAACUACAACAGUGUCUGCCGCAAGUUUCCCCGUGAAAUGAAAUCAAAGUCCACAGAAAAUCAAGAAUACUUUGAGAAACAUCGCUGGCCGCCAGUUUGGUACUUAAAAGAAGAUGAUCACUACCAAAGAGCACGCAAAGAGCGUGAAAAAGAGGACUACCUGUACCAGAGAAGGCAAUGUAAACGCAAGUGGCUCUUCUGGAACCUUCCUUCCUCCCCUAACUCAAAUUCACCUUCUGGUUCAUCUGCCGUCAUUUGAGCAGGUGGUAAGCACAGGGUCAGCUGUGGAGUACAUCUCUGUGUUUGCACUGGUAGCUUUCUACUCUCCAAACAUUCAGACUGUUUCUUCUCCUGCCUAUGUUGACACUCCAGGUUUGCAAAGUCAGCUCAGAGUCCAGGUUGAAAUGAAAAGGUUUAUUCCUCAGAGUUUUAGCUCUGUAACCUCAGUGAUCUAAACCUUUUGGACAUAAGUCUCACUGUAACAAGUUCAAAUAUUAGAUCAUGUAGAUGGUAAUAUAUUCCCAUUUUAGAGUUUUUAGCUUGAGUAAUACACUUUUACUGGAACAGCUGUGGUUAUAAAUGUUAUCAGUGACCUCAGCUGACAACUAAGUGCUGCUUACUAGCUGUGACAACCAGCAAUUCAACACUAACUAAACACUCAGAGAUAUAACACUUUGCCCUUAAGUGUUUAUACAAUCUGCCAAACCAUGUGUUGAUUAUGAUUUCACAACCAGGAUGUAACAAACGUACGGCCUGCCGUUAGAGAGCAAACUGAAGUCAUUCAUCUGGACGUUGUCAUGAUCAUAUCUACAAAAAAAAGCUAUUUUAUUCCUGUUAUUUUUCUGUUUUUAAUUCUACUUUGCAGAAUUUGUACAACAGGCAUGAACACCUUAAAGCUGUGUCUCUUUACACACUAAUCGCUGAUCUUUUUGUCUGUGGCAUUUUGUCGCAACAAGGGCUUAAGCUCACAUGCAUCCAAUGUCCUCUAUUCCUCUAUUCCCAAUGAAAAUGCUAUUUUCUUUCCAUUUCUUCUAAAACUCCAGAAUGCCACCAUCAAUAUCACUCCAUCUGUGUUGCUCAAGGCAGGUUAAUGGGACAGAUGUUAAACUUUGUUAGAUUUGCAAUGAAAAGUUUGCUCAUUUCGACUGCUGCCUUCAACUAAAAAAGCAGAUUACUAUUUCACUACAACAGCAGUCUCUGAUGGCUUUAAGAGAUUUUCCUUACUGACCUAAAGGACCCCCACCUCUGAAUUUGGUUGUAUAUGUAAAACUUGGACAAGCAGGCAACUGAAUGAUCUAAUCCCUUCACUUCAACAUCCCAACAAGCACUUUCUGGACUUAAGAAACACACAUGAACUUCCAGUGGCAGCCUAGCUGCUUUAGUCUGUGCUGCACCGUGGAAAAGCGGCAGGAGGAGACAAUGUGAGACAUUCAAAGUGUCUCUAUUACUCUUGUGAAUAUCACACCAUCUUUCAGGAUUUGUUUUUUGCACACCUCGCUGUAUAACACAUUCAAGAAUGUCAUCUAUUGCUGCUCUUGAUUGUACGAUGAGCUGCAGAAUGAGUCCGAUUUGCAGGCAUGGUGCUCAGAGAGGAUUGAGUAGUAUUGUAAAUUGUAUUAGAUAUUAGAUCAACUCUAAUGUGCUGCUGUUACCUAAUGUACACUGCUGGCAGUGAGCAAAAUCUUACUAUAUUACUGAACAGACUGAUCGAAAUGUAUUUAGUUACUGUGCAGCUAUUGUUGUUUAAAAAAAGUGAAUAAAUAUUGUACUGACUUCCAACUACAUCUGUUACAUACUUUAGUGUACCUGCAAACUAUAGGCAGGCAACUUUAACAGUGGAUUAAAUAUAAAAUAGAGCUGUAACGUAAAGUAGACAGUAGAUUACAUCAGAUUACAGUGUACGUUACAUCGUUAAACCAUGCUGUUGUUAUGCGAAAACAAUUUCUCAUUGCAAGACUAGCUCAUAGUGUUCAAAAGCUGUUUUUAAUUUCUAUUAUUGGGUUUUUACUUUAUUCUGGCAUAAAGGCUCUUGCAAAUGCAUUCAUACCCCUUUAACCUUUUAACAUGCUGUAACAAUGAAAGUAUUUCUCGGUAUGCAUAAUGGAAAAACAGUAAUUUGCACCUUUACCUUUUUCUUUCCCUCAAAGUUCUAUAAAGGUUGGGUUUUUAACCAAACCAUCGCAUACAUUUGCUAUGACCUUUCCCUCUUCUAAUGUAGCUCUCUGUUUGACUUUACAGUUUAUGUUAUGCACAGAGGUGGAUUUUGAAAGCAACAUUUUUUUUGCAUGAGAUUUUAUGUUGGGGUAGUAGAGUAUGCGGGCAGGAUCUACAAGUGCAUUCAAAUUGUUUAAACUGCUGAAACUUUUGCAAUGUAUAAAAAUACAGAAAAAUUAUAGGGGUAUGCAAACUUUUCAAGUCAGUCCAUAUUUAGACCCUGAAAAAGAAAACAUGCAUCUUUAUUAAAAAAAAACUUGCUUGAAUCCACUGCUGGUCUAAUCAAUUAACAGCAGGAAUAGCCAAAAGUUGAAUGCUUUUCAAAUGUGAGAUUUAGAUGAAGGGUAAGGCUGGUGCUCUUAACAACAAUUUUAAAUUAUUUUCAGGUACACAUUGCCGAUGCUAAUUCAAAAUGUUCCUUAGCAUUUUUUAUAUUAUUAAUAAAAGUAUUAUUCUGGCACAUAUUCUUCCUUAGAAACAUUGUAGUGAAACAGUAAUUCUGAAUGUUCUAAGUAGUUUAAUAGGGUAAACGCUUGGAGGUGAAUCAUUUUAUAUAAUUUGCCUUUUAUAAUGUGACUGCUAAUUGUUUUAGACAUACAUUUAAUUUCUCAGUGAUUCUUAUGUUGAUGUUUCACAUCAACAACACCUCAUGCCUUAAUGUACAGUGUGCUGCAGUGUAUGGUGAUGAACGUGUAGCUGUGGUCUUCUACCUGUCUGCUGUAUUGUAAGCUGCCUGGUGCUUUCUGAUGUCUAUCUGUUCACGUGCACAAACCCCUAAUUUGGAUCUAAAGCAAUCUGUUUGUUUAAUUUGCCUUAUCUUGAAUAUAAAA